AUAGAUACUCGAAGCCCAAUCGCUCUUGUCUUUGCCCUAAAACGCUUCAAAAGGUCUUCGUACUGCGGCGGCUCUCGAUCUCGAGUGCUUCUUUGAAGCAUUUAAAAUCCACUUCAGGGUCCACUUAAUUCUGAGAGAAUGAGGGGAAGGAGCUAUACCCCAUCACCACCAAGAGGUUAUGUUAGAAGAGGAAGGAGUCCCAGUCCAAGAGGACGUUAUGGUGGUCAUGGUAGAGGAGAUGGUCCAACUAGUCUUUUAGUUCGCAACCUUCGCCAUGACUGUCGGCCAGAAGACCUAAGGAGGCCUUUUGGACAAUUUGGCCCUUUAAAGGACAUCUAUUUGCCAAGGGAUUAUUACACUGGUCAACCGCGAGGCUUCGGAUUUGUUCAGUAUAUGGACCCUGCAGAUGCUGCUGAAGCUAAAUAUCAGAUGGAUGGUCAGAUUCUGCAUGGUCGGGAGCUUACAGUUGUUUUUGCGGAGGAGAAUAGGAAGAAGCCAACUGAAAUGAGAGAUAGGGAACGUGGAGGAAGAGGUCGUGUUUAUGAUCGUAGGCGGUCUCCCCCUCGUUAUUCUCGAUCCCCAGUGCCAAGCUAUGGAAGGUCCACAUCUCGUAGCCGUGAUUACUAUUCGCCCCCUCCUAGAAGAAGAUACUCUAGGUCUGUUUCCCCACGGGAGAGAAGAUACAGUAGAGAAAGGUCAUUCUCACAUUCACCAGCAAGGGGACGUUCUCCACCAUAUAAUGGUUCAAGGAGCCGCAGUCGAAGUCCAGUGAGAGGCCUUUCACCUUAUGGCCCCAGAAGCCACAAUCAAAGCCCUGGUAGGGCCCAUUCUCCAGUGAGGACUCGAAGCCGGAAUCGUAGCCCAAGCCGUAGCAGAAGCAGGAGCCCUUAUCCUGGGGAUUACUCGAGGGAUCCCCGCAAUGAUAGGUCUCCUAGCCAGUGAGUACUGUUGGAAAAAGAUUCUCGUGUACUUUAAUUUCUUCUACCUAACAUGUUGAAGUUCUUAAAUUUCACUAGUACUGUAACAUUGAAGUUUGAGAAAUUGGUGGGUUAUAAUGUUUGGAUGAUACUUUGUAGGAUAACAUUUGUGGUUGGUUUGUCAAUUUCGUUGCCUUUGCCUUUCGCUGACUA